AUGCCCUGCGGACAUCAUGACAGCUUGAACAAUGUCGAAGCCGCAUCAUCUAUGGAUUACGCGGCCACUCAUUUUUCGUUGAAUUUCAUCAGAACUUUUGCGGGUGCGAGUAGCGGUAUCGCCUCCAGUAUAGUGACCUGCCCCCUGGAUGUUAUCAAAAUGAAAUUGCAAGCUCAAGGUGGUUUGCGGCGAGAAACAGCCUCUUCUCUGCUUCCGCGCGCGAAUCACGGCUUACUCAGCAUUGGCCGACAGGUGUGGCGAGAGAAAGGAUUGAGAGGAAUGUACCAAGGCUUAGGGCCAAGUGUACUCGCUUACUUUCCUAGGUGGGCUAUUUUCUUUACUACUUACCAUCGAAGCCAUGAAACUUUCGAUGAAUGGUUUGGUGUUGGUAGCCAGUGGAUGACCUCGUUCAUGUCAUCGCUAGUAGCGGGCACUUUCUGCAUCGUUGCCACCAACCCAAUCCUAGUUAUCAAAACUAGACUCAUGUCGCAGACCAGUGUCUCCAACGGGAUAUAUGCAAGGCCAGAGUGGCAGUACAAGUCAGCAUUCGACGCAGCUCGGCAAAUUUACUCCAAGGAGGGUGUUUUAGCUUUCUAUUCCGGUUUGACACCAGCCCUACUCGGGGUAUCCCAUCUUACGAUCCAGUUUCCUCUUUACGAAAAGAUGAAGAGGACAUUCACGGGAUCAGGGCUUGGGGAGGAGAAUGAGGAAUCUCACUACAAUACGUCGGGAACUCUCAUGGCAGCCUCUUUCAGCAAGAUAGUUGCGAGCUCGGCGACAUAUCCUCACGAGGUUAUUCGAACUCGGCUUCACAUGCAGCAAAGUCUCAAGUCUACGAAACCAUCACCACCGUGGCACAGCAGCGUACUUAUGACCGCCAGUACAAUCUGGCAACAGGAGGGGUGGCGAGGUUUCUAUGCUGGUAUGAAGACGAGCAUGAUACGAGCUGUACCAGCCUCGGUGACCACCAUGUUUGUUUACGAAAAUGUUCUCAAUCUUUUAACGACACUUAAACUCAAUAGUGAAAGAAAAUUGGAGAAAGCAAGCUUAUAA